AUAUUUAGCGCUAGUUAUGAGAAUAUUGGUGUUUUCCGUCCUUUGCUAGCUGAAAUAUUUCAGAACCUUUCAGUCAGAACAGUGAGUGGACUAAAGCUUAUGUUUAGUGUCGGAAAGGCGUAACCAUUUAAUAGUUAGUUUCUUCGCCGUGUCAUAAUUAGCAUAUCAUUGGAGCAAAUCAUAGUUAUCGACUUUCCAGUGGUGGGUCUUACAAAUUACGCAGUGAUUUUGAUAUUUCUUGUGAACUGAAACGACACUUAAUAGUUUUAUCACUUUUAAGUUGACUAGAUUGCUAAAGUUGUUUCAACAACCUAGCCAACGUUAGUUAAUUUACUUUAGUGGUUGAUAGAUUACUGUACGAAGUUCAGUUUGUUAACUAAUAGAUGGAUGAGUUAAUUUCUAAACUGCUGUUGGUGUUAAUACCAACAGCAAAAUUUUGCUGUGUCACUACACUAAGUCAUUUUAAAUGAUGGGCAAAUAUGGUAGAAUAGGUCCUUAGAAUACGUACUCAUAUAGUUUGAGAGCUUCUGGUCGCUUAUUAGCAAGAACUAGAUUUUUUUCAUGCUUACUUCCACGCACUUUCAUCGGAUGGGAGAAAACGUUUGACUGAUUUUCUGUAUUUUAGAUGAUGCUCCUUUCUGUAUAUUAUCCUCGUAAAAUCGCUGUUAUUUUGACUUUUCAUUUAUGUUUCGUCUCAUGCUUUGAGUAAAAAUUGAAUACCUGAAUACCUGUGCCAUCUUUAAAGGUGUUUUGUUAACAGUGCCAAGAAAGUAUAAAAUAUUUGAAGUGGUUUUUUCCAUAGUAUUUUGCUUAUUAUUGAGUUUGUGUUUUAUGUCGUGUAGAUUAUACCUGCCAGUGAGAUUUAUUUGAUUACCAUUCAGUUCGAUACCUCCUAGGAUUUUGCGCCGAAUUCAUUAUGGAGGAAGGGUAGGUAAUCAUUGAUUUUUUACUUUUUUACAGUUGUUACAAUUAGCUAUUUAGAACAGCAUUUAUAAGGGAACAGCACCGUUUUCAAUUAGAACCUCAUCAGGCUUUACUCUAAUAUAUAUGUUGUUCUAAAUCACAAUAUGGGAAUGUUUCGAAACUAGGUAUUCUCCACAAAAGUCUGGUUCAAAAUUGAAUACGUAAACUUGUUCUCAUUAAAUAAAUUACAUUGUCAGUAUGGGGUUGUAGUUAUUGUUGAGUUUUUGAUUGAGACCAUGAAUCGAUCAACGUUAAAUCACCAAUGAAAAACUGGAAGCACUGAACGGCCGUUUUGUCUUAGUAUGAGACUUCUCAGCAGUGUGCAUCCACUAUCGUACUCGCGGGAUCCGAACCCAGGACCUUUGGUUUCCCAUGGGGACGCUUGUUCUCUAGAUUACUGAGCUGGCAUCCAACUGUAUUAAUGUCUGAUUUCAACCAAUCCACGAUAUUGCGCGACCAUCUUCCAUUGCCUUUGGUGGGUAACUGCCUCAUACCCGACACGGGUUAGCUCCAUUAGUCACGGUUUCUCACUAGAACUCCGAGAAUUUCCGCUCGAAGCUAGUCACUAGUGAGCACGUGGUGGUCUAACAUUGGUCGACUCAUGAUCUCAAUCAAGUUACGUUUCUUUGGUUUUAAUUGCUAAAUUUCUAAUAAACUCACGUUGAAAUUAGUAUUUUCGAACAUAUUUUGUCUGCUUUUGAAAAGUAGUGUUUCACUCCAGAAAUCAGUCGGUGAACUUUGAAUUUCACGGGAUACAACCUGAGAGCAUGUAUUCUUUGAUUUGUUAUAUUGAGAACUACAGUUACAGGUGUAAUUAGAAUUUACCACUUGUACGGAUUGACAGAAGAUGGUUCUAAGAGAAGUACUCAUCCACGUUAAUAGCCACUGAAUAAGACGGGGUGACUGGGAAACUUUUAGUAGCAUUACAAUCUUUUUUGUCUUACUCAAACUCUCUUAAAUAGUUGCAUGACAUCCUGAAUGUUAACUCUUAAAAUAUUAAUUGACGUGUUACAAUUAUUUUGUAUCAGAAUCCACAGUAUUUUAAUCGGUAAUCCUUAUCUACUGUCCCAUUUCCAGUAGUUCGGCUAAGAGUUCUCACGGUGGUAGGCGUAGAAAUAAGAAAUCUCGAACUUCGAGGCAGCCAAUGAGUGAAUCCCAAGAAACUCAAGAGAGUGGAGAUCAUCAAGUAUCUUCAAUUCAACCAAAUGUACAAGAGGCUCCUGUUUCAUCGUUGUUUGGUGAUGAACCUUCUGCAAUUGAUGUUCCUUCGACCUCAAAACUAACAAGUUCACCUUCCAAACCCGCGAGACAGAAAAAGAAGCAUCCAAAAGUAAUAGAAACGUAAGUGCUGUGGUUUGCUGUAGAUCGCUUUUUGUUGUAAUUCGCAAGCUUGCUUUCUAUUUCUGAUCGGUUCUUACUUUUCGUUUCAGUGUUCAUCUUUCUGAGGAUUUCUCUAAGUGAGUUAUUUUUAUCAAUAUUCACCAUAUUUGUUUUAUUUGGAAAAAGUAUGGUCGGUUUUUACUUGCGUGAAACACGUUAUCUUAUCUUGUGUAUUUUAAGAAUGAAUAUCAAAAGACUUUCAAUACCUAAUCGACCGGAUGGAGGGGGACAUUCGGGCAAAGAAAUGUAUGUGACUGUUAAUUGUUGGGAUUUUUCGAUAAAGCCCAAAGUUGUUUACAUGUAUCGAGCAGAAGCUCUCGCUGUAUAUCGUGGUGAUGAAGGAAACAGGACUGAAAUACGAAUGUCUGCUAAGGAUAAACGUGCUCUAAUUAAACAGGUGGCUGAUAGUUUACACGACUGUAUAAUUUACGAUGGUGGCCAUGACAUAUACUCGGCAGAUCGUUUGCCAGGGAUCGGAAAAGUUCCUACUGAGACAGAAAUGAAAAUUGUUGACCCACUUGGUCGAGAUAAUCUUAUUCUAAAAUAUCACUUGAUGGAAGUACAGACGGUGUCAACUGACGAUGUACAACAAUACGUAGAAAACCCAAAAGCAACAUCGUUAAACAUUCCCCAAGAAUCCAUAAGAUUGUUAGAUUGUAUAUUAAGAACUGUGUCGAAGCAGUCGUUAAUAUCUCUUGGAAGAUCUGCUUUAUUUUACGAAAAGCCAGUGAAAGUCGUUGCAGAUAAGCUACUGAGUAUCCACAGAGGUUUUAUCGCUAGCAUUAGACCUCAAUGGAAGGUCCGUAUGAAUAUAGACAUGACCUACAAGGCUUUUUUCACAGCUGGUAACCUAGCAGAUGUUAUGUACGAAAAGUAUGGAGACAAUAUGGCCAGAUGUAGCUCACAAAUGGCUAACGAUUUAAGAAGAAUACGUGUUGAAACUGAUAAGUUUUACAAAAGUGACAAUGGACAUGUGUAUUCUAGACGUUUCACUGUGCAUGGAAUAUCUUCUGUGCCAGCUGAUAAGCUUAUGAUCGAGGAGAGAAAGCAGUCUGUUGCUGCGUACUUUGAUGAACAUCACCAUAUUAAGUUAAAAUAUCCUGAUCUUCCGUGCAUAAAGGUUGAUCAAAAACGAGAGGUUUAUAUGCCGAUGGAAUUACUAAAUAUUCUUCCUUUUCAAGCACCUAACGCGAGCAAGGCUGAUGUGGCUAGUGAGGUUAUCCGUUGUGCAGCAGUACGUCCUCAAGAACGUUUUCGAGAACUUAUGGAUUUCACUAAUUCGAUUUCAAAGGCACAUCGACUAUUCCAGUUGUUUCAAGUAAAGAUAGCAAACAAACCUGUAGAUGUAAAGUCACGUGUACUCCAGCCACCUAAAGCAGUUUUUAAUCGUCCAGAUAAAAUCCAACUGAAGGCUGGAAGUUGGAAUACUCCAGAUUUUCACGAACCGGCUAAACGUGGUGUUGCAAUUCCAUGGGGAAUACUUUGUGUUCCAAACAACCCACGAUCUAGAGGCGAUGUGGAAAAAGUCACAGACGAAUUACCGAAGGCCGCUAACCGUUUCGGUGUUUCCUUCAGCAAUAAACCAUUUAUAUCACAAUGCUCCCUUAACCAACUCGAAAAAAAGUUUGAGGAAUUUCAUCGACAAGGUUGUAACUUCAUUCUGUUGAUUCUGUACGAUGAUUUGGCUUACGGAACAAUAAAACGUUUAAGUGACUUGAGAAUGGGUAUCCGCACACAAUGUGUUCGUGGUAGCACUCUACGCAAACCUAAUGUGUUUCCCAACCUAUUAUUGAAACUCAAUGGGAAACUUGGUGGUGUUAAUUGGAUUGUCCCAGAUCUUAUCGAGAACAGUCAGGAUUUAAUAAUGGUUUUCGGUGCUGAUGUUACUCAUCCAGCACCGACACAAUCUCAUCAGGUUCUCAAGUCAGUUGCUGCUGUUGUUGGAUCUGUCAGUCCUGAGUUAAUGCGAUACGGGGCUGUAGUUAGACAACAAGCAACUACUGAGCGAGGAAACAAAACAACAAGAGAAAUUAUUGAUAACUUGCAUCUGUCAGUUGGAGAACUGCUCACGCUGUAUUUGCGGAAUACGAAGGGACGUUUUCCUAAACGUAUUAUAUUCUAUCGCGACGGUGUCUCAGAGGGUCAGUUUGAAAAUGUUUUGGUGGAGGAGUUGUCUGCCAUUCAAAAAGCUUGCACUGAUAUUCGUCCUGGUGAAGAACCUGCUAUUACAUUUAUCGUUGUCCAGAAGCGACACCAUAUCCGUUUCAAACCACAUGAUCCCAGGGCACGGAAUGUGGAACCAGGGACUGUCGUGGAUACAGAUAUUACUCAUCGUAGAGAGUUCGAUUUCUAUAUUUGUUCUCAUGAAGGGAUUCAGGGAACAUCAAAACCGUCCCACUAUCAUGUAUUAUAUGAUGACAGUAACUUUACAUCGGACGCUCUUCAAAUGUUUACGUACCACUUAUGUUAUGCUUAUAUGCGGUGCUCUCGUAGUGUCUCUUACCCUGCUCCGGUGUAUUAUUCUCAUUUAGCUGCGUUUCGUGCACGAGAUUGGCUAUCAAACACGAACGAAGCAAGUGUUUUGCUUGAUGGUUAUGAUCGCUUCAAUGUUCACAUAUCACAAACUGAUGGGAUGUUUUUCUUGUAAAGUUUCGUUAAUUUAUUAUUUCGGAGAAAACUUUUUAUUUUAAUAUAUAGACCAUUACGUUUAAUAAACAAAUUAACGAUAAAUAUAAUUGUACAGUUCUUGUUAAUGAAGUCGUCGAAAAGGAAAUUUUCCCCGUUAAAUUCUCUUAUUUAUUCAUUUCAUCAUUUAUUCGAAAUAAAUUGCAUUUAUAAUGGUU